AAGUUUUUAUUAUUAGUAUUAUUUAUUACAAUGACCAUUUCUAUGUUCUUUUUACUACAUUUUAACUGAAAGCAAUAAAGUGAUAUUCAAUAUUUAAAUGAUUAAAAUCAAGGAAAUUCAACAGAGAAUAUAAUAAAGAUGGAAAGUUUACAUUUGUAUAGAUUGAUAGAUAAAAUUAUAGAUAACAUUGUUCUCUUCUUAUUUCUUUCCUUUCUAUAAAUCAAUUUCCAGAAAUCUGAUUGAAUGAUUUCAUUUUAACCAAUCAAAUAAAUGUCAGUUAUUAACUAAAGUUUUUUUUUAAAAAAAGAAAUUAUGUAAAGAAAAAUAAAUUUGUGUCAUUUUUAUUACAACUAACUUAACUAUGAAAAAAGUGUUUUUUUUGUUGUUGAAUGGAACCAAAAAUACAAAAUACAAAAAAAGGAAGCAAACAGGCAAACAAAACAAAUGGUUUAUCUUUAUCAUUAUUUGUUUAAACAUAAAAUAUUAAUGUUAUAAUUUUGAUAGAAAUAUUUCAUAUAAGAUUCAAAUGACAACAAUUUCUUCCUCUACAAUUCCAUCAACUACAUUAAGUAAUACAUAUUCUCCUCCUCCCCCUCCUCCUACUACUACUAAUACUACUACUACUACUAGUAAUAAUAAUAAUACUUGUAUAGCAACUACAUUACCAAAUACAUUUCAUUCAUCUAUUCAAUCUAAUUUAUUAGAUAAUCGUUAUAUAUUUGAUAUACAUAAUACAACAAAUGAUUCCAUUGAAAAUCAAUUAUAUACAGUUGAUCAUUUAAUUAAAUCUACAUCAAUGAAAUCCAAAUCGAAACGUUUAGAAAAACAUGUUACAUUAUCAGAUGAAAUAUUAGAUAUCAAUUUUCCACCAUUUUUACAACAUCAUUAUAUUAAAUCUAAUGAUUAUUAUAAUAAAUUUAAUAUUGAUAAUUUAAAUAAUAAUAAUAAUAAUAAUGAGAAAAAUAUAACACUGACAGAACAUAAUUAUCCAUUAUCCAUGAAUCCAACUAUACCACAUAUGUCAACGGAUAAAAUAAGUACAACAAGUCUUGGAAGUAUGGUAAAAUAUUGUACAGAUAAUUAUGAUGAAUCUCCGACUACACUCAUUUUAUCACGAUUAGAGAAAUUGACACUUAAAGAUUUUGCAUCUGAAGUGAGAGCGAAUCUAGACAUUGAUAUGUUUAUCAAAGAAGCAACUCUUUUGUUGGAUUUGGAUGGAUCCACCCUAGAGGAUAUAAUUAGUUCAAUGUUAGAAGCAAUUUUUGAUAAUCGUCCUAUUGUUGAUACAGCAACAUCAACAACAGCAACAACAAACACAACAGCGAAUAUGACACCAAGUAGUCCUAGUUCUCCUGAUGAUACUGAUUCAAAUCAAUGGUCAAGAACUUCAGCAACUACAACUAGUGGUUUUGGACCAAAAGUGAAUUUUUCAAUAACUGGCAAUUCAGACAAAACCAAUUUGUCAAAACUAGAUAUUGAAAAUAUGAAGCUUGAAGCUAAAAAUUCUCUUAUGAUGCAGAUCAAUUAUCAGGGAUAUACAUAUCAGAGGCUUGCAAAAACAAUCAAAGGAGUUUCACUGACAGAUGAUGAUUGUUUGUCAACCGAUCAAAGUUGGAUUUGUGCCAUGUGCUCACUAAGAUCGAUUCAUAAACGUUAUCUUGCUUUGGCACGAUUAAAUAAUCCAGUUAAUUUUGGCAGAUCAAGUGAAGGAACUUAUUUGAUUGUACUCAUAAUAACACCAACAAAGGAGAAAGGUACCAAAAGUGAAAUUGAAGUUGGUCGAACAUUUGGCACAAUUCUAUCUGAUCCAAUAUUUCGACAAGAAUUAUUAUUUGCUACUGAUGAAAAAGAAGUAAAAUUAUUAUUAUGGGAUAGAGCACAACAAUUAGCAGCACAACAGUCAACUGAUAGACGUAGAUCAUCACAAUAUCUUGAUAUUAGAAAUCAAACUUUUAAUUUAAGUUCUCAAUCAAUGAUCGGUAAAGGAAUUUACUUAGAUCUUAAGCGUAAAAUUCCAUAUUAUUGGUCGGACAUAACUGAGGGUAUCCGUGGAAAAAAUACUAUGCGUAAAACAAUAUCAACUAUUAUAUUUCUAUACUUUGCUUGUUUACUUCCUUCAAUUGCAUUUGGAUUAUUAAAUUCCAAAAAUACUAAUAAAAAGAUGGAUGUUACACGUGUAAUAAUGGGUCAAACUAUAGGUGGAUUAUGUUAUGGAGUUUUUGGAGGUCAACCAUUACUUGUACUUUUAUCAACAGCUCCAUUAGCUUUAUACAUAAAAAUUAUUUAUACUAUAUCUGAAACAUAUUACAUUAAUUUUUAUGCAAUGUAUGCAUGUAUUGGAUUGUUUAAUAGUUUAUUUUUAAUCAUCUAUUCUGUUUGUGGAUUUAGUCGUUGGAUGAAAUGGUCUACAAGGUCAACAGAAGAGAUAUUUGCUAUGUUUGUUUCAAUGGCAUUUCUAUACGAUGCUGGGAACGAUUUGUAUUCUACGUUUCAAGAAAAUUAUCAUUGUAAAUUAUCAACAAAUUAUUCAUUAAUAUCAAAUGAAACUUUAAAUAUUCAGGGAUUUGAUAUAAAUUUCAUUCAUUCAAAUUAUUCAUUUAGUAGAACUUCUAUAGAAAAUUGUCCUGAAAUAUUAUCAUCCAAAUCAUUCCCAUCAUUAUCAUCAUCAUCAUCAUCAUCAUCAUCAACGUCUUCUACACUCUCAUCGUUACCAUCACAACAUAUAAAUAGAAAUAUUACAAUUAUCCAGUCAGGAUGUCAACGUGAAGUUGCAUUAGUUUAUUUAGUUUUACUUUUAGGUACAGUAUGGAUUGCAUUAAAUCUUUUAAAUUUUACUAAAACACCAUUUCUUACUGCUACAAAACGGGAAAUAUUAACAGACUUUGCACUACCUAUAGCAGUUGUUAGUAUGUCACUUGUUGGAUCCUUAAUAUUUGGUGACAUAAAAUUAAAACCAUUUGAAGUUGAACCAUCCGAUUUUAUGUUGAACAAAGCCCCAUUGAACUUACUAAGUUGGCCUGCUGUACUCGGAUCUAUUGGUAUAGCUAUCCCAUUAUCAUUAUUAUUUUAUAUGGAACAAAAUAUUGCCAGUGCUAUUCUAAACUCCCCAUCUAAUAAACUAAGAAAAGGACCAUCAAAUCAUUGGGACUUAUUUGUUAUAGCACUUAUCAACAUUGUAUUAUCAAUAUUUUGUCUUCCAUGGGUUCAUGCAGCUUUACCUCAUACUCCAUUACACGUGAAAGCCUUAGCGGAUAUGGAAGAGCAUGUUGAUGGUGGACAUCAUAUUAGACAAACUAUUAUUCGAGUACGUGAAACAAGAUUGACAUUAUUUAUUUCACAUGUACUUAUUGGAUUAUCAUUAGCAAUGAUACCUUAUCCAUUGAUUUAUAUACCUCCACCUGUAUUAAAUGGUCUAUUUAUUUAUAUGGCUAUAACAGCUUUACAAGGUAAUCAAAUGUUUGAAAGAAUAUUACUUUUUAUUACAGAACAAUCGGCUUAUCCACCAUCACACUAUAUAAGACGUGUACCACAAAGAAAACUCCAUUUAUUUACAUUUUUUCAGUUAAUACAAUUAGGAUUUCUAUGUGCAUUUGGAUUUGCACCUAGUCCAUAUGUGAAACUAAUAUUUCCUGUAAUACUUGUUGUACAAAUAGUUUUAAGACAUACCCUUAUUCCUAAAGCAAUUGAUUCUAAAUAUCUUGAGGCGCUGGAUCGUCAUUUUUAA